GGAGAGCUAUUCUUACUGUUGAAUUUGCGAGUACUACCUGCCCUAUAGAUUAAGAUUCGUAUUAAUGGAAUUUCAAUAUGAUUAGAGAGAAGAAAAAUGUUUCUUGAAUUCACUUCUUGAGCAGAAAAAUUGUAAGUCGCCAUUUAUACGAGUGGACUCGGUAUAUAUGUUAUUGAGUUGUCUCUGAACUCUCGUAGCUUCGGAAUAUCUUUUGACUAUAGACAACUAACUCUGACAGUAAUAAAGUGAUGGAUUUACGCUGAUAGAGGAGAUGAUAAGAUGAUAUUGAGCGAGAAACUAUUAACAAAAUGCUAAAUUGUUUAUUUAACCAAUGUGUGGUAAAGUGAGAGAAUCAUAAUACUACAAAUUUUAAUAAUCGACUUGUGUUGUAUAUGAAACAUAAAUUUUAAAAUACAAUGUAAAAGCUCCGAUAAUUUUCAGAAGUUUCGUUUGCUUGUGGAUUAUUUUUUAUCAAAAUGAGAUUAUGGGUAUUCCGAGCUUCCAGACUAGUUUCAAAAAUGUUUAAAAUAUUGUUAAUACUGUUUUGUGUAUGUUUGCGGAAUGUUUUAACAGGAUCAUAUAUGAAUAUGUUUGAAAUUCAAAAUACUCCACCAGAUCCUUGUUAUAAUGAGCGAGGUGAACCUACAUUGUGUACUCCAGACUUUGUUAAUGCAGCCUUUGGAAAGGAUGUUACAGCCUCAAGUAUGUGCGGUUCACCGCCAACUCGAUUUUGUAAAUCAACUACGGACAAAGAUGGUAGAGUUGUCCGGAACUGUUUUAUUUGUGAUGCGAAUCAUCCAAAACGUAUGCAUCCGCCAUCGUACUUAACAGAUCUGAAUAAUCCUAACAAUUUAACAUGUUGGAUGUCAAACACGUACGUUCAGUAUCCUCAAAAUGUAACUUUAAAAUUAUCUUUGGGGAAAAAAUAUGAAAUAACAUAUAUAAGUUUGCAAUUUUGUUCUGCAAGACCGGAUUCCAUGGCACUUUACAAAAGUAUGGAUUACGGAAAAACCUGGGUACCAUUCCAAUAUUAUUCUAGUAACUGUAAGAAAAUGUAUUCCAAAUCUCCAAGAGCAUUAGUAACAAAAGCUAACGAACAAGAUGCGUUAUGUACUGAGGAAUUUAGCAAUAUUGAACCCUUGACUGGGGCUCGGGUUGCCUUUAGUACCCUGGAAAAACGGCCAUCAGCGUACGAUUUCGACAACAGUCCUAUUUUACAAGACUGGGUGACAGCGACAGACAUCAUGGUAGUGUUUAAUAGACUAAAUACAUACGGAGACGAACAUGACGACGAAUCAGCGCGGGAAAGUUAUUAUUAUGCUUUGUCGGAUUUUGCCGUGGGAGGCAGGUGCAAGUGCAACGGUCAUGCAUCUCGCUGCAUAACAAAUCGUGAGGGUCAAUUUGUGUGCGAUUGUAAACAUAAUACUGCAGGAUCGGAAUGUGAAAAAUGUAAACCGUUCCAUUUUGACAGGCCAUGGGCACGUGCUACCAGCAGAAUCGCAAACGAAUGUGUCGCAUGUAACUGUAAUUUGCAUGCGAGACGGUGCACCUUUAAUAGGGAGCUGUAUUUAUUGUCUGGAUUCAGUAGUGGUGGAGUAUGUCUGCGCUGUAAACACAACACAGCUGGUCGCUUUUGUCAUUAUUGCAAAGAAGGCUAUUACCGCGAUCCAACUAAACAUAAAACAGAUCGUAGAGUGUGCCGAGCUUGUGAUUGUCAUCCUGUCGGAGCUCUUGGAAAAACGUGCAACCAGACAUCCGGGCAAUGUCCAUGUAAAGAUGGUGUAACAGGUCUUACUUGUAACCGUUGUGCAAAUGGCUACCAACAGAGCAAUUCACCUAUCGCCCCUUGUAUAAACGGAACAGCAGUGAAGAAAGGAAAGGGGAAAAAAGGAGAUAAGAAAAUUCCAACAGUUACACAGAAGCCUCCUCGCAAAAAUCCAAAGGGUGACAGGUGUGGAAAAUGCAGGAAGAAACAAAGGAGAAUUAACAACAAGAAAUACUGCAGAGCAGAUUUUGCAAUCCAGGCGGCUGUUGUUGCCAAAGAAUCAAUCGCAGACUGGAUUAGAUACACUAUCAACAUUAUUAGUAUAUAUAAACGCGAUCAAAAUCAGAAUAGAAGGGGCGAGACCUAUGUCUUUGUUGCAAAACGAGACCACAAGUGCAAGUGUCCAAAGCUUCGACUUGGUAGACGAUAUUUGUUGGUUGGUAGACAUCACAAAAAUAUACAGCGACCUGGAUAUCAAGUAGACCGAAAGACUGUCGUGAUAAGAUGGCGAGACAAAUUUCAAAAGCGCAUGCGUAAAUUUAUGCAGUAUGAACGCAGAUAUAAAUGCGGAAAUGCUUCACGAAAGAAACGCCAUUAAUUUUACGAUGUUUGUUUGUGUCCAGUGCUAUGUUGACGAGAACUAACUUUGAUUUUGUGAAAUCACAAACAUAUCAUGUAGAAUACUCAUUUUUAGUACCUCGUGUUUGAAAUUGUUGGAUGAUUAAUGUAUGUUUACCCUGAAAACUUGUGUUGAUAGGAAUUUACUGUUACAUAAUAGCUUUAAUAUGUCUUAUGUAAUUAAGUUAUUUGUUCUUGAAGAAAAUAGAAGAAACAAAGUGAUGAUUUACUCGUGUCAGUGCAGAAAGUGAAAACAUUAGUAAUAAUUUAAAGUGUGAAAAGAAUUUAAUGGCGUGUCGAUGUUAUGUACAGCUAAAUGCCUGAAUUUGUUGAAAUAAGCAACAGUGACGUCAUUGACAUUUCAUAUGGCAUCAUGGACAUUAAUAAGUUCAGGAGUUGUCACACACAUGCCACUCUAGAGUGUUGUUUAUAAGUUGACUUAAAGCACAAGUUCCAUUUCGUAUAGAACAGUUGACAGUGUUAUUAUUGUAAGGUUGUGUGUGUAAUGAUAUAAACAUUAUUAAGUGCGAAGGAGCACAAUGUUAUAUCAUUGGAAAGCCCUUUUCUAAUGGUUGUUUCAGAAUGUAUAUAUGUACAAGUUGUCAGUUGUUAUGUUGUAUUUGUUGUAAAUUUCAAUUGUGAUAUAUUUUAUUGUUAUUAUUUUUGUAAGAAUAUUUUUAUCACAUUUUAAAAUCAGCUAAAUAAUGAUUCUCAUAUUCGUGUAAGUAUGUAUAACAGUUUUUUACAUUAUAUAACUCUAGGGUUUUUGCAAGGGACUUUCUCAGUUUGUUGCUUUUUCUAACGUAAAUUCCUAAGAAGAGUGUACAUUUAACCAUUAUACUUUAAUAUUAUUUCAAGUUUUUGAUUUGACUUACAAGUUAUCAACAUUCGAUUGAAAGUUUGGUGAAGUCAUUAUUGCCACUACAAAUAAACUGAGGUCAUGAUUUAGUGUUUUCACAGAAAUAAAGGUUCAUUAAAAACUUGAAGUUGUCUCUAAAGGAUGACAGUUGCUAUUCCCGAUCUUAUAUAGAAACCAACCACUAGACUAAAUAAACUGAUUUUGUUCAAAGUUUGGCUGGAUUUACUAUCCAGUCAUGUAAACGGAUAAUGUAAACUUUAAAAAAAGUGACUAUCAAGAAAAGCAAAAGUCCAAAAUCAUAUACAUAAAAAAUUAUAACAGAAUAAGUCACAAGAAAAAUAUUUGUUACAACUUUGUUUUGUUUCAACAAACACUAUCAUAAUAUAAAGAAAUCCACGUCAUAUAUUUUAUUUCUUUCAUUUUUAGUAUAGCUUUAAUUUAUCAUCAUUUUAAUUCCAUUCUAUGACGUAAAACUGUGGGUUUUUUUUUGGCUACAAACUGUACAUAUUUGUAAGUAGUCGUACUUUAAGCCGUGAUAUAUCGGCUUUGCAAUAGAAAAAUACACGGCCAGUUAGUAGAAUUACUAUUUCAAACGAUUUGUGAUAAAUAAUGCAAUGUAUUUGAAAUACAACUUACGUACAUAAGUGUACUUUAUAUUUUACUGGUCAAACUAACUCCUACAAAAAGUUAUGAAAACGGAUAAGCAGACGAAAGUAAAGAAAUUCUAAUUAAUUCAAAUAGAGAAAACCUUAAUUUAGGUCAACAUAUCAAUUGAUAAAUAAAGUUGCAUCAUUUGACGUCAAAAUUUCUUCUUCUGAAUAGGAAGAAGUCGGUAGAGUUUACAUAGCCAAAUAUUUUAUUUCAAACAAGGACAUUAAGCAUUGUUUUAUGAUAAUUGUAUGAUAUUCGAAAGAAACUAUUCAAGUCAAUAGUUUGAGAACAAGGCGGAAGUAUUAUGAUAUUUUCCUCCUUUUUAACUGUUAUACAUUUUAUGUUUACGUUUUGAAAUAAUUGGUUAUGUUUCAUUGUUUCAAAAUGGAGAAAAAAAUGUUAAUAAAUGAGUAACCUUU